AUGACCUCCCGUUACUAUCCUAACUCUUUCUCAUCCUCCUCUUCUGCCUCAAUCAAAGGUUGUUGCUGCUGCUUCGUCCUCUUCUUCCUAUUCCUCAUUCUCAUCUCCCUCGAUAUUAUCCUCAUCACGAUCCUUGCAGUCAAACCCAAAAGCCCUAAUUCAAUCUCCAAUAAACCACCGUUAAACAUAUUCAGGAUCAAGUACGACGAUUCCACAUUCAAUAUCAUAUAUCAUGGAGUCCCGUUACGUCGGUAUAUUAUCGUGGGGUUUUAUCAGGCGGCUUAUAGUAUAAAGAACAUACAAACGACGAUGUUAGUUGAUCGGGUGAAUCUAUUGCAGGAAGCUGCUACUGAACUGGUGACAGAUGCUUCGACUGAUGAUCGGGUGAAGCUUCAGAUCAUGGGUGAUGUAAAUGCUAAGAUCCGAGUCAUUGGGAUUACUUUGCUCAGUAUGCAGGUUAGCAUUUUUACCUUUUAUCUUCCUUCUAGAAUUGGAAAUCUUUAG